AUUCUGUUUGUGGGAAAUGCUGACGGUUUGGUUCAUGUUUGAUAAAUUCGAUGCCAAGAUCAAGGUUGCAAUGAGAAAAUAAAACGGUUUUAAGAGGAAAAACCUUAUGAUUCAAAAUGAAUGUUACAAGAUGUUAGCUUUCCACAUUGCGCAACUGGGCAACACUGUUCCAACACGCCACAUCUCGAGCUGCGACUCGGGUUGCUUCGCUUCGCUUUUCGCGACUUGCCUUCAGUCGGAUUUUGAACAUCGAAGGAGCGUAAUGGGUAGCUAGUCAGGAGAAGAGAGUGAAGCAAAACAUCGGCCUUUGUCCGCUAUUUAGCGAUUUGUUUGUUUUAAACACAUCAGCAGCAGCACCACGUCGUCUUUUUCACCAUUUUUACCAACCAACCAAGAAGGAAGGAAAAGAAAAAUCGUGUGCGUUUCGUCUCUCUUCAGCGCCACCUACGACGAAAGUUUUUCCGAUCUCCGAGCAGUAGUUGUUGCAGUUUUGUGAUAUUUUUAACAACGGUCUACUUCGAUCUCGGUCGGGUCGUCAUCGGAUGAAUCGCCGCGGGUGAAAAAUAAGGGUUCUUCGAUGAAGAGAGCAAUAAUUUGAUAUCGAAGCGAAAUUUUUUCUUGGCUGAAAGGAAGAAAAAGUCGCAAAAUAAAGGUAGCAGGCAGAGGAAGAAAAAGAAGAAGAAGAAAAGGUCCCUUUUUUCCUCACUCGAUCUCUAUCUAGUAGCGUGCGGAUUGUGAAGGGAAAAGAAGAAGCAGUCUUCGUAUGGUAGUGUUGGUGUAAGCGCGAUAUCUCUUCUCUACACUGUCGCACAACAGCAGUUGGUUGUGUAUGAGUGUGCGUGACAUCUGUCAGGCAACGGUUCGUCGCGGAUUUUGUGUUGUUGUUUUUGUGUCAGAAAUCGGGCCUCGAUUUCUAACACCGAAUCGGAAUCGGAUGCAGUCAUCUUGAAUCCCGGAGUGAUCACGUACUCGCUCUCUUUUUCUCUGUCGAGGAGAAAGAAGAAGUGAAAAGGGCCUACUUUGGUUCGCAUUUUUCUUGCCGAAAGAAAUAACAGUGGAAAAUCGGGUGUGAUUUUUCCGCUCGCGGGAACUGGUAGGUGAAUGGUGCGCGUCAAAUUCGCUUGCUAGUCCGGGUUUGUUUUCGUCGGGAGUUAUUCCGUAGAUUCGGGAGGCCUUUUCCUGGUGCUGUUUCCGGAUUAACGUAGGCACUUUUCCGAGAGUACAAAUUCAGCGGAAAGGAAAAGCGGCCCAACAACGACAGCAACAAUGGUGGAACGUAUCGUGGAGGAAGCAUCUGAUGCAAAUAUAGAUUCGCGAAAUACCGAGGUGGCCCGCUACAGCAGCGAGGAGAUAUCGGGCAAUGAAUCGAACGAGGCACGCCUGAUGACCGAAGAGGAGCGCCAGGCCGACUUCAAUCGCCAUAAGGAGGAGAUGAAGCGCAAGCGGCGCAGGAAGAAACGAGCCAGUUCAUCGAUGCAAUCGUCGUGCUUUCAAGAAUUGUACAAACUGACUGGUGAGGUGCUUGGCGAGGGCGCUUACGCUUCGGUGCAAACGUGCAUGAACAUCUAUACGGAGCUGGAGUACGCGGUGAAGAUCAUCGACAAGAUUCCUGGCCACGCGCGGGCUCGCGUAUUUCGCGAAGUCGAAACCUUCCACCAUUGCCAGGGCCAUCCCAAUAUCUUGCAGCUAUUGGAAUUUUUCGAGGACGAGGAAAAAUUUUACCUAGUGUUUGAGAAGAUAAAUGGCGGACCGUUGCUGACCCGCAUCCAGGAGAACGUGUGCUUCUCCGAGUACGACGCUGCGCAGAUCAUCAAGGAGAUCGCGUCCGGGUUGGACUUUCUGCACAAGAAAGGCAUCGCCCACCGGGAUCUGAAGCCGGAGAACAUCCUGUGCGUGUAUCCGGACAAGCUCUGUCCCAUUAAGAUCUGUGAUUUUGAUCUCGGUUCCGGAAUCAAGUUCACCACCAACAUCUCGUCGCCAACGGCCACACCGCAACUGUUGACACCGGUCGGAAGCGCUGAGUUUAUGGCCCCAGAGGUGGUGGAUUUGUUCGUCGGCGAAUCGAACUACUAUGACAAGCGUUGUGAUUUGUGGUCACUGGGCGUGAUUGCGUACAUCUUGCUGUGCGGGUAUCCGCCCUUCUCCGGCAACUGCGAGCAGGACUGCGGUUGGAAUCGGGGCGAGAACUGUCGUACCUGUCAAGAGCUACUGUUUGAAUCGAUUCAGGAGGGUCGAUUUAGCUUCCCAGAAAACGAUUGGAUAGAUGUUAGUGAAGAGGCUAAAGACUUAAUCCGUGGACUUUUGGUCAAGGAGGCGCCCAAACGUCUCAGCGCCGCUGCGGUGCUCAACCAUCCAUGGAUUAAAAUUACCGAUGAAGGUGAUUGCAUCGAUGGCGUCAAUUCCGAUGCAAUCAAGGAUAAGCAACGCCGACGAGUAUUGAAGACACCGGGUAUAAUCCGGCGCAAUCAAUCGGCACGGGAGCUGUCGCACUUUGCCGAAUCUGCGAUGGCCGUCAAGCGUGUCAUUUUACAGCAUUUUUCGAUGCGCUACGACUACAUGAACAAGGAGCGGCCCAACAUCUACCAGCCUUCAAUGCAGAACCAACAGCAAGAAGUCGUAGCUCCGAAGAAAAAUGCCAACUCAGAACCAACGUCAUCCACACAGUCCCCUGUGAAUGGAUCCGUGGACCAUGGAAGCACGGAUCAGCCUCAAGAGAGGAAUACGUUGGAAGUGGUGGUUCGAACUGAACCACAACCGUGUCCACCAUCGUCUGCCCGAUCGAGCAUUAUCAAAGUGCAGACCAGUGGUGAUCGGUACAUUGUGGCUGGUGCGGAUGACGGUGGUUCCCUAUCAUCUUCUCCAUCUUCAUCGCCGUCGUCAGUGUCAUCAACAUCAUCUUCGGCAUCAUCAUCAUCCUCAUCAUCCACUGACGAACAUCAUCAUCGCUGUGAUGGAGAUGCUGUCUAUGUCAGCAUCAGGAAGUCAUCUUCGGCGUCUACGUUGACACCGGACGCUUCGCCGAAUUCGAUGACUUUGUCUCCGAUUGCCACCGCCACUAGUCAUCAAGGUGUCAUGGGGCUUGCAUCGAUAAGCCCUCCUACCGCAAAUUGCGGUUCUGAUAACAAGGAAAAUAAUUCCACCAAGCCUUCAGUACAACCCAACAGCAGCAAAAAUCGCUGGAUGUGAUUAAGGAGAAGAGUGCUCCUCCGUCCAUAACUUCCAGCUCUGUUACAAUUCCACCAGAGCAAAA